GGGGCCGCGGCCGGGAUGAGCGGACUGCGGUGAGCGCGCCGCCCGGGCUCCGCGAGGCCGCCGCCCGGUGUCUGUCUGCGAGUGUCCGCGCCGCGCCGACCCGCGAUCAUGUCCAUCCACAUCGUGGCGCUGGGGAACGAGGGCGACGCGUUCCACCAGGACCACCGGCCGUCGGGGCUCAUCCGCACCUACCUGGGGAGGAGCCCUCUGGUCUCGGGGGACGAAAGCAGCUUGUUGCUGAACGCGGCCAGCGCGGUCGCGCGCCCGGUGUUCACCGAGUAUCAGGCCAGUGCGUUCGGCAACGUCAAGCUCGUGGUGCACGACUGUCCCGUCUGGGACAUUUUUGACAGUGAUUGGUAUACCUCUCGAAACCUAAUUGGGGGUGCUGACAUCAUUGUGAUCAAAUACAAUGUAAAUGACAAGUUUUCAUUCCAUGAAGUAAAGGAUAAUUAUAUUCCAGUGAUUAAAAGGGCAUUAAAUUCGGUUCCAGUAAUCAUUGCUGCUGUUGGUACCAGACAAAAUGAAGAAUUGCCUUGUACGUGCCCCCUGUGUACCUCUGACAGAGGGAGCUGUGUUAGUACAACGGAAGGGAUCCAGCUUGCUAAAGAACUAGGAGCUACCUAUCUGGAACUCCACAGCCUUGAUGACUUCUACAUUGGAAAGUAUUUUGGAGGAGUGUUGGAAUAUUUUAUGAUUCAAGCCUUAAAUCAGAAGACAAGUGAAAAAAUGAAGAAAAGGAAAAUGACCAACUCAUUUCAUGGAAUUAGACCACCGCAGCUUGAACAACCAGAAAAGAUGCCCGUCUUGAAAGCCGAAGCAUCACAUUACAACUCUGAUUUGAAUAACUUGCUGUUCUGCUGCCAGUGUGUGGAUGUGGUGUUUUACCACCCAGAUGUGAAGGACAUCGUGGAGGCUCACAAGAUCGUGCUCUGCGCCGUGAGCCACGUUUUCAUGCUACUUUUCAAUGUGAAGAGCCCCACUGACAUUCAGGAUGCCAGUAUCAUCAAAACCACUCAAGAUCUCUUCGCCAUCAACAGAGAUGCUGUGUUCCCAGGUGCUAGCCAGGAAUCCUCCAGCAACCCACCGUUAAGAGUCAUUGUUAAAGAUGCCCUCUUCUGUUCCUGUUUGUCUGACAUUCUGCGCUUCAUUUAUUCAGGUGCUUUUCAGUGGGAAGAAUUGGAAGAAGAUGUCAGGAGGAAAUUGAAAGAUUCAGGCGAUGUUUCCAAUGUAAUUGAGAAAGUUCAAUGCAUUUUGAAAACACCAGGAAAGAUUAACUGCCUGAGGAAUUGUAAGACCUACCAAGCCAGAAAACCUCUGUGGUUUUAUAAUACGUCUCUCAAGUUUUUCCUUAAUAAACCAAUGCUUGCUGAUGUUGUCUUCGAAAUACAAGGUACAACUGUGCCAGCUCACAGAGCCAUCUUGGUGGCUCGAUGUGAAGUGAUGGCUGCCAUGUUUAAUGGUAAUUAUAUGGAAGCAAAGAGUGUCCUGAUUCCAGUUUAUGGUGUUUCCAAAGAGACUUUCUUGUCAUUUUUAGAAUAUUUAUACACAGACUCCUGUUGCCCAGCUGGCAUUUUCCAGGCCAUGUGUCUCCUGAUCUGUGCGGAGAUGUACCAAGUCUCCAGACUGCAGCACAUCUGUGAGUUAUUCAUCAUCACACAGCUACAGAGCAUGCCAAGCAGGGAACUGGCCUCCAUGAACCUUGACAUCGUUGACCUACUCAAAAAGGCCAAGUUUCACCACUCUGACUGCCUUUCGACCUGGCUGCUUCACUUUAUCGCCACCAACUACCUCAUAUUCAGUCAAAAGCCUGAAUUUCAAGACCUUUCAGCGAUUGUGUUCCAUCCUAGGAUGGGAAUUGAUCAUAUCCUGAGAGCCAGUAUCCAGAUCGUCCUGUGGCCCCAUUGCCUGGUCCCCCUUAGCAGAGUGGAAGAACGCAGUUUUGUUGAGAAGCACAGAUGGCCAUCAAAUAUGUACUUGAAGCAGCUUGCAGAAUACAGGAAGUAUAUUCAUUCCCGGAAAUGUCGUUGUUUAGUCAUGUAACCUGGAGCUUUUGUGUGCAUAUGCUUUUAUUUUAUUGUGAAAAAUGGGAUACCUCUGGUUCCAGUAAAAUUCUUACAACUAAAAUCAGUAUGGGUGUUAAAAGAAAUCACCAUACAGCUUUUUAUUAGUUAUCUUUGAAAAAAUUACAGUGGUCUUAAAAGGGAACAAAGUACACUACAGAUGUAACUAAUGCCUCACCUAGAAUAUAAACCUUUUGGACUACUCUUUUCCCUUUCAGAUGUCUUGUUGGUUUAGUGACAGUAAGACCUCAUCCAGUGAAUGCUCAAUUUUUAAAAAUCAUAUAGGAUAAAUACAAAAAUUUUAUCAUGUUUGAUGAGUUUCUCUAUUAAAUAAGGGACAUUUAUUUAAAGACCACAUAUAACUAUUUCUACAGUGUGAAAUUUAGGGGAGUACUAAUUAACCCAACCUGAAAUUGUAGGAAUCUAAAUUUGCCUGCCACUCCAAAAGUGACAUGCCCAUUGGUUCCAGAUCAAGAAGUGUUUGAAUCAAUAUCAUGAAGAAAAAUUAUCUCAUCUGGACAAUACAGUCACAUCUCUUUGACUCCUCCCUGGAUUCUGAUUAGGCAGCAAACCUAAGUGAGGCUGAUGUUUUCUGUUUGUAACCUGUUGGGGUCCACAGGGCCCCACACUUAGAAGGGCCUGGUACUUGGUUCAGUGUUCUGAUCUCACAGUCAUGAAGUUCUUAAUCAUGUUUGAAGACGGGCCUCAUGUUUUCACUUUGCACUGGGUCCCCAAAAUUCUGUAUAUUGCCUGGCAGGAAAAAUGUUCUUCGUUACUCAAACAUCACCACCAUGGACAAAGAAAAGAGGUGCCGAUACCAAGGGAAUAGUUGGUAGCUUAUUGGCAAGAAGAGAGCACAGUGGACAUUCCCACCCCUGGGGACAUUUGUACCACCUAGCACCUCAACAGUGACUCCACUAGCUGUGAAAUUGUCUUGCUUUAGAAUACCAAGUUCUUGGCUCCAU